CAGCUCUGCAUGUACUGUGCACUGACGGAAAACAUCGUGAGGAAACAUGACCACUCAGGCAACUGAAUGGGUAACCAUGAUCACUCAAAUAUGGGUUAGGUUUACCUGCCAAGGUUGCGAAGGUAAGAUGGAAGUCACUUCGUGUAAAAACCUGAAUAACCCAAUCCAGGGAUUAUGGUCAAAGGCAUACCCUGAGACCCGCUCCAUAGUGGUGAGGAUGCAAUCGGGACUAAAAGCCAGAAGUAAGAAGAUUGGACAGUUUGGACAGACUGCAUUCUCUUCGACAAGGUCUACCAAAGAUCACGAUUCAGGAGUGGGACCACAGAUGAAAUCUGCGGAAAAUUCUCGUUUCGAGAACGAGAACUGGGUGGGUGAACCUCUUAUCAGAUACACGGACGACCUGAUCAAGGUUGCUGAGUGGAGAUGGAUGAGGAAGGUUCAAGAAUGGGGAGUCUGGCGUGCGACGCUAGAAUACUACAUUCAGCAUUGAAUAAAAAGGGUUG